AUGGCUUCCGUCUUCUGUUGUAUGGCUAUAAUAUUCCAGGCCAUUUCCUCUUUUUCCUUCAAUGGUUGCAAUGCUGAUGCUGCCUUGAUUGAAAGUAUCUGCAAAGAGUCCCAAGACUACAAUUUUUGCAUGUCAGUUGUGGGCAACGGCCCUCGCGCAGCCGCAGUAGACUUGCAUGGUUUUGCUUUAGUUUCUAUUUCCGUGACGGCCAUUCAAAUUCAGGACACCCUGGAUGAAAUCCCCCGACUUCUGCAAGACCUGAAAGACCCGCUGGGACAAACUCGACUUCGGGAAUGCCAAACAGAUUACAACGAGGCAUUGGGGAAUUUCCAGAGCGCCUUCUAG